UCAUUUUUAGAAUGAUGUAUAGCUGUUUUAAUUAAAUGAACCUUUUCUGCAUUGAAAACUUAAAUCUASAGUUACAUGCAGAAACUUCAUAAUAUUCUUUUUUUAUUAUUAUCUGRCAACAGAAUAAUAAAUUAGAUAAAGGGGAAAAUGUCAUUGCUCAGAAAGUAACAGAAGAAUCCGUUCUGUGUCUUUCCAGAUGCUGAUUCCAGCUGUGGCCUUCAUCACUCUAGGGAAAUGCAGCUGCUGCUGGAAUGAAAGCUUAAUGAUGUGCGGCUCGGUUCUGGCGGCCAUCGUCGGCCUCCUGGGCUCUGGUUACUGCUUCGUCAUUUCAGGCCUGGCUUUGGUUCAGGGCCCCCACUGCUUCACCUCCUAUGGGUGGUCGUACCCAUUCGCAGACCAGCGCGGCAGGUAUCUGUUGCAGCCUGAAAAUUGGUCGUGGUGCCUCCAGCCCAUCAACAUCGUAGAAUGGAACGUCACUCUGCUGUGCGUCUUACUGGGCCUCGCGGUGCUGGAGUUCAUUAUCUGCCUCUUACAGCUUGGAAACGGUUUGGUGAACGCCAUCUGCCGGCCCUGCUGCUACAAGCAGGAGUACAGUCUCAACGCUUAGAGAGGCACAUCUGCAUGGACGCUGGGCGAAUCACAGAAACAGCAGUACAACACAGCAACACCUGAAAUAUAGUCACAGGUAAGCUGUCUCAUGCUGAUGGGCCAAAUCAGGGACGUCAAACUCAUUUUCAUUUUGGGCCUUAUCAAGAUCAUGAAUGUUCUCAAAGGGCUGGCUGUACCAGAAUGCAUUCAUAAAACCCAUUAACAAACUGUUAAAAUUUUAAUAAAUUGCUGUGUCGCCAUAUGUGCUUCUUAAAAUUAAAUAAUAAUGAAUAAGGGCCAUUGUAGAUAGAGAAAAAAGUGUCAAUUUCCACUCAAAGACUCAGAAAUUUUAAKAUUAAGCUCAGAAACUUUGAAGAAAGAAACUUUGAAAUCCAUGAACUUGAAAUUUUUAAAAUUUGAGUAAAAAAAUCUGAAAUUUGGAGAGUCAAAUUUUUUGAGUGUCAAAAGUAAAAAAAUUCCACUUUUGAAACUCAGAAAAUUUCAAACUUUUUUUCUAGAAAAAUUCUGAGAUCUACCUCCAAAGUUCUGAGUUUUUCUCCAGCAAAUGUUCAACUUUUCAAAACCAGAAAUGUCCAAG